AUUAAAUUACAUAUUCAAUCAAAACAAUCCAAAAAACUCUUCAUGACAGCUUGACCUUUUCUCUACCAAAUUUAUCCCAAAUCAACAGUGAGCAAAAUAAAGGAGGAUCAGCAAGAGCUGCAUCCCUACGAAAGUAUGGAGUCAGCUGAAUCCCGUGUGCGGGUGAAUACGGGUUCCCUUCCUGUGCCUUGUGUCCAGGAGUUGGGUAAGGAGUCGAGAAUCACUGAUCCAUCCCGACACAUACGUUGCGAGAAGGAUCAAGCGAUAGUAUCCGAAGCUGCCCAUGAUGUCCCAAUCAUCAACCUGCAAGGCUUGUUAUCUGAAGAAUCCAUGGCUUCUGAAUUGGCCAGGCUCCACUUUGCCUGCAAAGAAUGGGGUUUCUUCCAGUUGGUAAACCAUGGAGUAAAUUCUUCACUGAUGGAGAAAAUAAAGACACAAAUCCUCGACUUCUUCAACCUCCCAAUGGAAGAGAAAAAGAAGUUUCGGCAGAAACCAGGAGAUUUAGAGGGAUUUGGACAAGCUAUUGCUGAAUCGGAGGAGCAGAAGCCUGAUUGGGGUGACAUGUUCUACAUUAAGACCUUCCCAAUCCACAUAAGGAAGCCCCAUUUAUUUCCCAAGCUUCCUCUGCCAUUUAGGGAGACAUUGGAACUUUACUCAUUGGAACUGAAAAGUCUGGCCAUGUUUAUCUUGGCACAGAUGGCAAAAGCUCUAAAGAUGGAACCCGAGGAAAUGAAAGAGUUGUUCGAAGACGGAGAACAAUCAAUGAGAAUGAACUAUUACCCACGAUGUCCUCAACCGGAGCAAGUCAACGGAAUUAGCCCCCAUUCGGAUGCAGUUGGUCUGACCAUUCUCCUGCAGGUAAAUGAAGUAGAAGGUCUUCAGAUAAGGAAAGAUGGAAUGUGGGUUCCUCUUAAUCCCCUCCCAGGCGCCUUCGUCGUCAACAUUGGAGAUAUCUUAGAGAUUGUGACCAAUGGAGAAUAUCAUAGCAUUGAGCAUCGAGCAAGGGUAAAUUCUACAAAAGAACGGAUCUCCAUAGCAACCUUCCAUACUGCAAGAAUUGACGGUGAAAUAGGACCAACACCUAGCUUGGUUACUAAUCAAACACCAUUGUUGUUUAAGAGAGUGAGAGUUCGUGAUUACUACAGCGGCCUCUUUGCUCGUCAAAUUGCUGGAAAAUCUUAUCUUGAUGCCAUGCGAAUACGAAAUAUUGAAGACAAAGAUUAAUUGUUAGGUCGUGUAAGAAUGUAAACUUUUAAUUGAUCAUAUGAGGAAAAUAAUGAUACUAAAAUAAUUAAAAUGACUGAUUUCAUGCUUUA